AUGGAUGCAGUUAGAUCAAUAAACAGACUGCGUUCGUCUUUUCUGCGUGAGUCUUCAGAUGAGGAUCAAGCUAAACGCACAAUAAAACCUUUUACCCUUGACGUCAAUGAGACAGGCCAACUACCAAAAGAUUUGCAGGCUUUGUACCGCUCUAAAAGUGGGCAAGAUCUCUUGGAGAUGCUUGAGUCACCGCCGAUUUCAGAGAAUUACAUGGCUAGAAUUGAGUCGUUACAAAAGGCGCGGUUUCAGAAGGCACCGGUGACCACCGGUAGUAUUAGCAGAUCCAGAGCUAGUCCUGGCGGUGAAAACAUAACGAAUCAUGUAAAUACUGGUUCAAAGAGUGAACGGAAACCUCCCAGAGACGGAUCUUAUAAUACAUUGGAAGCGAAAACCCCCGAUUCGAAAGCUCCGCCACCCGUUGGACCUUCGACAGCAGGGGGAGAUCCUGAGCCUUCAACACAUUCUAAUAACGACUUAAGUACUCGGACUCCUCGACCUGCACAAGAUCCAAAAUCGAAGCGGAAAGCGCUGCUGUUCUCCAGAAUAUUCAAAGGACAUGGCCACGAAAAUGUUAAUCAGCGCAGACAACCGUCAACAAAUGGAGGAACAGAGGGAGAUCAGACUAAAGGUAUGCAGUCUAAGUUGCACUUCUAUGAUGGUGCAUUCAACUACGACGAAUCGUUAGAGGAUGAUGAUGAUGAUGAAGACGAUGACGACGACGACACCAAACAAAACGACGAGUUUUUUCUUGGCGGUUUGCCCACAAGCGAUGACAUGAAACAUAACAAAUCUACGAAAUUAGUGAACCUGCCACGCUAUGCACAAAAUGUGCUUUCGGUAUCGGACGCCAAAAGCAACUCAGUUCUCGCCCUCGUCGAUGGCAAAGGUGCUCUUUCGAUGAAUGACAUUGAAACCCUCAAAAGUGGAGCGAGAAAAGAGGAUAUAUCUGAUCUUGAUUCGUAUAUGGACGAAGAUGAUUUGAAGGAGCUAGACUUCGAAAAUGAGAAAGGUGGUAAGUCCAAUGGGGAGGGGCACAAUCCAAUUCACGCACAAUUGUCAUCUGUAGGAAUUAUAGAUGAUAGUGAUGGAUCACUCUCUGAGGACAACAGUUUCUCUUCCUCUGAUGCGUCCUCGUACGGACGAUCAUUGUUAGACUCGGACAUUGAGUCAUUAGACGGACCGAGCUAUAAUCGUGAGCGAAUUUCUAACAGCUCGGUUAUUGAUGAGUCGAUUCUGGCGGAUGAUCUCCUUCACUUAGAUUCCAUGCCUCGCAAUUCUGUCCCUCGCUCCCAUGCUUUCAAACUCUUAAAUGGCAGCCAACAAUCAGCAUUUAUCAACGAUAGCCCGCUAGUAAAACCGGGGGAAGAAAGAUUGAGAGUUGAAGAACACAAUAACUCUUCUGCCCGCUGCUCUGUUAACAGUGGUGCAGGAAGUAGAAAAAGUAACUCCAAUGCACGAAGCUUAUCAACCAGUGUCGCAAAAUGGGGUAAAGGUUCGAUGCAGAGUAAUGUCAAUGAGAACGACCAUAGCGGAUUCGUUAAGAAUGGAAGUAAGCACAAAAGAUCUGCAAGUGACAUAAAAAAUACACCGCAACUUGUGCUGUCGGGCUUUGACCCUACAGUUUUCUCAAAAAUUAUACUUCCAGAUGGGGAAUGUCCUGCUUCCUCAAACUUGACAAACAUGCUCAAUGAAAAGAAAAACAAGAACUCCAAUCCGACGAGCUACUUCUCCUUUGUUUCAGGAGAUCAAGUGCCCAAGUCUGAAUCAACUAUAUUACACGUUUACGUUCAUGAUUCUACAAAGUACAAGAAGGAUCCGGUUUUGAUCAGUGUUAGGAAAUCUGCUUCUACUUUCGAAGUUAUUGGUUUUAUACUAUACCAGUUUUCUGGGAAGCUUAAGUCCACUCGCGAAAAUGACAGUUUGAGUGAAAAAUUUCUAGUAAAUCCAAAUUACUUCGUGCUUAAAAUUGUAGACGAAGAAGGGGAACCUUUUGAAGAUAAUUUCGGCACUAUAGACCGUAAGAAGUUGAUAGGGAGCCUUUUUGAUAAUGAGGUGGUUCUCUGCAAAGUAAAGAACCAUCAAGAGUUUGAAGACAACGAGAAUCAAACUCCUUUACCUUAUUCUGAAGAUCAUGAGAGUACUGGUGAUUAUAUUUCUGCGAAUAAGAAUCGAGCUGAUAUAAGCAUUAAUCAGUUAAGUUAUUACAAGCCAAUUUUAAGCACAACAACAAAUAACGCUAACGCAAAAGAUGACAAACUGGUUGAUGUUAAAGUGUUCUUAUAUCCAAACUUGAACCCUGAUUUCAACUACACGAUCAUAAAGGUAUCAGUUUCGACCCCGCUCAACGCAAUUCUCUUGCAGUACUGUAAGAUGAAAUCUAUGAAUCCUUCUGACUAUGCUUUAAAGCUGUGUGGUAAGCGUAUUGCAGCCAACUUAGAGGACAAUGUUGGAGAGUUAGAUGGUAAUUAUGAACUGGAACUUAUUACGAGAAAAGAGAUAAAAGCGUUAGGCCUGAAAAAGAUGAAAAUGGCAACCUUCGGUAAGCCAACUCUUCCUACGAUCCAGAGCGCAGAUCUUACACCUGACGCAGUGGAUUCUAGAGAACGUUUCUUAGCUGCUACAAACACAUUAAAGUCGUCUGACAGUGUUGCUCCUGAUGCAGAUAGCAAGAAAGCCCUGGCUCUUCUAGGCAAGAGAGGCUCGGUCAAGUAUAGGCGUGGUUUGUCGAAGUUUUCACAAGGUAGCGACAUUAACAGCGGCGCUACGGGCUUUUUUAAACUUAAGAACUCUUCCAAGACUUCGCUGCGCAACCACAAUAAUGGGAAUCAGCAUUCAUCUUCCGAUAAUUCUGCGUUGAAUUUAGACACAAGUUACAAGGACGUGUUUGCAGGAGCGUACUACAAGUACAGAGUUUGGAGACGGCAACAAAUGUCAUUCAUCAGCAAGCAUGAGAGGACCCUGGCUAUCGAUGGAGACUACAUUUACAUCAUUCCACCAGAGAAUGGGUUCAACUGGCAUCUCGAAAACGCCAAAACCAAAUGCUUUCACAUGAGCCAGGUAUCUUUAAUUCAAAAGUCUAAGCGCGUUCCCGAAUAUUUCAAGAUAUUUGUCGAUAGACCUACAGGAUUGAAACGUUACUACUUUGAGGCUGUCAGCUCGGCAGAAUGCGUCGAGCUUGUCACUAGAAUACUAAGUCUUUUAUCAGCGUAUAAAAUGAACCACAAGGGGAGUGCUCUAUAG